AUGGGUCUGCCAGGACAUUCCAGGGUCCCUUCAGGCCUCUCUAAAGGAUGGACAAAAGAUGCUAUAGACUAUUACAAGAUCCUGGGGGUCACUCCAAGUGCCUCCUAUGAAGAUAUUAAAAUGGCGUACAGAAUGCAGCUGAAGAAGUGGCAUCCUGAUAAAAACCCCGAUAACAAAAAAGAGGCUGAAGAGAAGUCAAAGGAGAUAAUGGAAGCAUACAAAGUGCUGUCAAAUGGUGUGCUGUCUGCUCAUGAGAAACCCAAGAAUAGUAGCCCAAGAGAAGAGGAAUCCCACACAAAAUUGGAUAAACAGAGCAUUUAUAGAGUUGAGUCCACUUCAGACAAUGACAGUGGCUCCUGUUCUGAAUACGAUGACUCAACCUUUGUUUCUACCGAUGAGUCAUCGCACUUGGAGGAUAAUCUCAGUCUUAAAUCUGGAGUGUCACCCAGUGAAUCAAGUUCUGAGCCCAGUCCUGAAAUUAGCGAGUUUUCUGAGUCCAGUGAACUGAGUUCAGACUCAGAAUCUGAGUUUAACAAUUCAGACCCUAGCAAGUCCCUUCCCUGUGUGCAGGAGAAGUCCCACCCAAAGAAUAACAAGACAAAACAAAAUAAAUUAUCUACCAAAGAAGCAGAUUUUCAGGCGAGAAAUUAUCUCAGGAGGCAGGAGGGAAGAAAUGGGUUACAGACUGAGAUGAAAACAGGGUCUGCUGUGAAAAGUGAGCUGCAUGCUAAAAACAGGAAGCCCAGUCAAGAACCUUUUAGUGAGAAAAGUGAGAAUUGCAAUGGGAAGAGAAAGGCUCAGACAGGAAAGAGUAGGCCGUACAAAGAAAAAAUUAAACAGGAUGAAAUCCUAGAGAUCCAAAUGGGGAACCCCAAGCUACCAAAGUUAGAAACUGAACCAUAUAGUGGGGAGAGAAAGAGACAUACCAUUAAGAAAAAAGAGCAGAAUGGGAAAUCUGAGCUUCACAGCAAGAAAAAGCUUCAGAAAGGGAAGACUGAUGGUCUUCCUGGAAAGCAUGAAAUGCAAAUUAAGAAGCCUCCAGCACGGAAGAGCAGGUCUUACCCCAAAGAGGAGCUGGAUGCCAGAACUGGACAGCAAAAAAGACUUGACCAACCUGAUUUAGGUCCCGGAUACAAGAGAUAUGCUAGAAAGAAUACUGUUUCAUUGUCCCCCCAAAAGGGUGCACGGGAUGGGAAGGCAGAUGUGCAAUCACAAAAGAAUGAGCUGAAAGUUGGUAAGGCAAGAUCUCCUCAAAAGAAAGAAGUUCAGACUAGCAGAAGCAAGUUGCAUGCAGGGAAGAGCAAGGUGAACAUCCAGCAAAAUGAUUUACAUGCUAUAAGGAACAAUGUGAAUGUCCAAAAAGGGGAACCGCAGGCUGGGAAGAGCAAGAUAAAUGUCCGAAAAAGUGGAUGGUCUGAUGGGAGAGUGAGAAAAGCAGCCCCUGAGGCCAAAGAGAGAGCUGUGGAGAACAACAGGCCACCUUACACGUGGAAAGUACCAGCUACUGUCUGGCUUGGUCCAGCAGAAAAUGCAAACAGAUUUCCAUUUGGUGGGACAGCUGAAUUACUGUGUGGCCAAAAAGCUUUAUCAGAUAAAAGAAAACCAUACGGAACAAAUCCGCCUUUGCAGAGUAACCAGGGAGCAAAUAUCCAGGCAUGGAAUAGAAUAAACCAAUUGCAUCUGAAGAAGAACUACCUUCCACACAUUGGUGGUUCAUUUCAAGAGGGGAAAACUUGGUCACCAUAUAUAAACAGUCCCACUGAAAGAUAUACUUCAGAUGCCUCAUUUUCCUGUCCAAGAUGUUCCCAGUGCUGGUGCAAAUGGUUUCACCAUACUCUGUGA